GCCUGUCGUUCAUUCAUCCCUCUCGCCUCUCUCUCUCUCUCUCUUUCUCCCCUCCCUACUUCUUGUCCGCUCCUUUUUCUCGCCCCCAUCUCAUCUCUCAUCUCCUUCGCCUCGUUUUUACCUCCCUCCUUUCACUUCCACACCAUCCCGCGCACAACCUUGACAAGCUGCAAAAGAGUCAUUCGUCGCCAUGGCUCAAUUCGCCAAACUCUCCAUCUUUGGAACCGUCUUUGAGGUCACCACUCGAUAUGUUGAUCUCCAGCCCGUCGGCAUGGGUGCAUUCGGCCUCGUCUGUUCUGCCAAGGAUGAGCUGACCGGCCAACCGGUUGCUAUUAAGAAAAUCAUGAAGCCCUUCAGUACUCCGGUCCUUUCGAAGCGUACCUACAGAGAAUUGAAGCUGCUGAAGCACCUCAAGCAUGAAAAUAUUAUCAGCCUGAGCGACAUUUUCAUCUCGCCACUGGAAGACAUCUACUUUGUGACUGAAUUGCUUGGAACAGAUCUGCAUCGCCUUUUAACGUCGAGGCCUCUCGACAAGCAGUUCAUUCAAUACUUCUUGUACCAGAUCCUGCGCGGCCUGAAGUACCUGCACUCGGCUGGUGUUGUCCAUCGCGACUUAAAACCAAGCAACAUUCUGGUCAACGAGAACUGCGAUCUCAAGAUCUGCGACUUUGGCUUGGCCCGUAUUCAGGAUCCUCAAAUGACUGGAUAUGUCUCCACGCGCUACUACCGCGCGCCUGAGAUCAUGUUGACCUGGCAAAAGUACGAUGUUGCUGUUGAUAUCUGGAGUGUGGGAUGCAUCUUUGCCGAGAUGUUGGAGGGCAAGCCUUUGUUUCCUGGAAAGGAUCACGUCAACCAGUUCUCGAUCAUUACCGAGUUGCUUGGAACGCCUCCUGACGAUGUCAUUAAGACCAUCGGCAGUGAAAAUACCCUGCGCUUUGUUCAAUCGCUCCCCAAGAGAGAAAAGAUUCCAUUGACGACAAAGUUCCCCAACACGGAUCCUGUUGCCCUCGACUUGCUGGAGAAGAUGCUGGUUUUUGACCCCAAGAAGCGCAUGACCGCGGGAGACGCACUGUACCACAAAUACUUGGAGCCUUACCACGAUCCUGAUGAUGAGCCCGUGGCUGCUGAGGUGUUUGACUGGUCUUUCAACGAUGCGGACUUGCCGGUGGACACCUGGAAGGUCAUGAUGUACAGCGAGAUUCUGGACUUCCACCACGUCGACGAAUCUCAGCCUGGCUUCCCAGGCGACGUGCAGCAGGGUGGAGUUCCUCAAACCAACUUUGCGUAAAUUGUGAAGGAAUGCAGAGGGAAAGGAGAAAGGAGGAAAUGCUUGUCAAGACACGCUCUUUCUGAAAUCGUCUUGGGCGCUUAGAACAGGGCUCUCGCACAUAUCGAAUAUACAUCAACAGACCCAUGUUUUCACUCUAUUUGGCAUAUGCACGAAUAAAGGACACUUGACUACUAGAAACCAUGGGCUAAGUCGUUUUGACAGCUUCAUACAGUAUUCUGUCUGUUGAGGGUACGCAGAUUCGAC